UGCCAAGUAUGCACACUACUGUUAUACCAUUAUAUCAUAUUGGAUGAGACUUUUUAGAUCUACUAAAGAAAUGAGUUGUGUGGAUGUCAUUCUAUAAUUGUUUAGGUCUAUAGUUGCUUUAGAUCGAGUAUAGGGUAAAGGGUAUUAAAAAAGGAACUACAAUCACAACACUGAUUCUGAACCUGGGUUGCCAGUCGUAAAUGCUUUCAAUCAAAUUUUUCACAUAUAAGAUUGCAAUCUCCAAAUAACUCAAGUGUCCUCGGAAAAUCUCUGGAGUUGUGAGAGUUUUCUAGAAGGAAAAGCACAGGUGGUACAUCUGCCCCCACAGCUCUCACAUGUCAGAGAGAGAGAGAGAGCAAGGACAGCACAGCGCAUGGACACUGACAACACUUUUACAAUGACGGAUACAAAGAAAACAAUGGCGGAGACCAAAGCUAAACCAAUGGCCUUUAAGACUCAGAAAGAAAUGUUUGAAAAGAUGGAGGAAUCCUACAAACUGUGUGCACACUGUGAGAAGAGGCCGAACCAGUUGUCCAACGCUGAAGCCAUGAAGCGCUGUGCUAGAUGCCUCAAUGUGUACUACUGCUGUAAAGACUGUCAGAAACAGGACUGGUCAAAACACAAGAAGCUUUGUUCUCAGCUGCGGCUGGCUGCUAUCGACAGAGUUGUGGAGUGGCUUUUGUUUAAAGGCGAGCUCCCGUUCCCCACAGAUAAAUGGUCUAAGCCUCAGUCAGAGAUAAAGACCUGGGACAACUGGCUGGAGAUGCAGGGGGACCUGAGCUCACGCCUGGAGCCCAUUCUGAGUGGAAACAAUAUGAAGGAGCUGUGGACAGAUGCAGGGAGACCUCGCCCUGAUGAUGAAGACCUUAAGCAGUCUUUAUGGAGAGUUACCAGUGAGUUUCUGUCCCGACCAAUGACCAUUGCCUGGGGAAUACGGCUGUUUGGCCUGAACCCUUACAAAAAGCCUCUCACCAUUCACCUGGUGGGAGUAGGACAGUCUGAAACCCUGGGAGCUAAACUUACGGACUAUGAUGAACUCAGCAAGAUGUUCCCAGAACACCAGGGCAUAGAGGUGGUCCUGGUGGGACCAGAGAUUGUCAAUGGGCCUGUGGUGAGGCCUCCUCUGCACGCGUUUGGACCUAAGCACAGAGUGUUCAUCAGUGCGUAUAAGGGCCUGUACCAUGAGUUCUGGGAGAAUGUGGUAGAAAAGCAGGAGGCAGCAAAGCCAGACCUGGUGGUGGGCUUUAAUCCUGGCUUUGAUGCCAGCCAAGGUCUGGAUGAAGGAUGGCUUCCAACUCUUCUUCUGCUCAGGGACUAUGAGAUUCCUGCUCUGUUCACUGCACUCACUGAGGCAGAGAUGACCUACUCGCUGCAGAUCCUCCAGGAGCUGGAGAUGGACAUGAAGGGGAGUGGAGCAAACCCGUUCACAUCUCUCAAACCUGAAGUUGUGGGCUCUUCACCCAACACACCUCCUGUCUACUGUAACUCACACUACUUCUGCUUCCAAGGCCUGUUGGAGACUGUGGAGUUUGAGGAGCCAGAGGAUUAAGGCAUGGGUGGUUUAUUUAUUGCCUAAGUUAUGUGUUAAUAUAUUUUACAUUUGUCAUAAUUUUGCUGCAUUUAUUGCGUCUAACAUUUUUAUCAAACUUUUUGUAUUGUCCUUUGAAUGCAGUUUGCAUUCACUAUCUUAUGUAAAUGCAAUGCACUGUUAACUUCUUGUC